AUGUACGUGAUGUGCGUCCUCGACUACGAGUUCCACGUGCUGGACAACGCCUUCCUGGUGCACCGGCCGGGCAUCAAGCGCCACCGCCGCGACCGCCACCGGGACCAGCUCACGGCCAAGCAGAACGCCCUUCUACACAGCAAGAUCACGCCCGAACUCCACACCAUCUACGGCAAGCGCGGGGCGUGUUACUUGUAGCAGAGACACGCCCACACGCUAACCUGCGCCUCCUGUUGGCUGGCUCGGUUAGCUGGCCCCGCCCAUUUGCUAACCUUCCGUUCCUAUAGGCUGGCUUGGUUGACCAUCGCCGCCUAUGGGUUGGUUGGCAGGGUCGUCUGGCCGGACUUUUGCACUGGCUGGCUCUGGCUGGCUCUCCCUAGCUGGCUGGCGUGGCUCGGUAGCUCUUCCAACCGGCGGGUUAACUACUUCCACUUCCACAAUGACUUCACGGUCGGCUCUUUCACCUGCCGUCGGAAUUGGCUCGUUUUGCUGACCGCUUCUUCCCAUUGGCCUUCCCUUUCCCACACUGCGGUUAGCUCCUCCCAUCGGCUGAACCACUUCUCUCAUUGGCUGGCAGUUUCAUCCUCCUGGCUGGUUGGUUCCUCUCAAAGGACAGUUAACUCCUCCUACCCAUCGGCUGGCUCCUCCCACCAACUGGACGACCUUUCUCACACUCGCCGCAGCAUCUUCUUCCUCCAAUUCCAGAAAGCGGCGAGAUCUCGACUUACAGCCCCCGCCUGCCGAGGAGGAGGAACAUUCGCAGUCUAGCCAAAUGGAACCAGCCGAGGACCACCUGGAACCAUCUAGAACCAGUGGGAAAUAACUUGGAAUCAUCUAGAGCCAGCUGGGAACUACCUGCAAUUACUUAAAAACACCAGAAUACCCCAAGACCGCCUAUAACCAUCUUAGAACCAUAUUAAGUCCAUUCUAAACCAAAUAGAACCUACUAAGAACCACCUAGGCCUAUUCGCGAACUAUCUGUGAUUUAAAGAUUGAAAAAAUAACGUACAGAUGUCCUUUUACGUCAUGAUAACUAGUUUCGAACCACCUGUGAAACAAGGGAACAGGUGAUUAGGGUUGGUCCAGCUGUUAGCCUCCUUUCAACAACAAUGCCUUUUUAAACAAUCUCAUGAUGUAUAUGUUAAACGGUUGUGCUGUUUGCUUGUUGAAAAUAGGGGGAUUUGAGGAUAAAGGUUAAAUCACUUGUUUCCUGAUGAUUUAGUUCCAUGUUAUUUACUUGGGAUUUUUUCUUCUUGUGCUUGCUUAUAAUCGUACUGCUAUUACAUCAUAGAAGCUCAUGUCAUUUUCACUGUAACUGUAUCCGCCAUUUCGUUAUGAUGUCAUAGUGUCAUUAUUGUCUGUAUAAUAAUUCUCAUGAUCAAUAUAGUUAACCCUAGCUUUCAUAUA